AUGGGGACCCAGGCCCAUCAGGGAACAAAAGACCACGACUGGUUUCAGGUGUUGAACGUCUCGGUGCGGGUCCAGACGUUUGCCGAGGCCCUGGAGCUGAACAAUUGCACCGUGGCUGAAACCCCUUUGGAGGGGAUGUUGGGUUUGGCAUUUCCAGAGGCGGCCGCCAGCCCCGCGCUGCCGUCUCCAAUAACAUCAUGUGCCAGCGCCUCUGGAACAGAAACAUCUUCACCUUCCGCCUGUGUAAAUGGGACUGACAUGGGCUCAGUGGACACUGGCAUUCCCGUGAGGAAGACAGGGACUGAAACGAAGUCUCAGCCAAGAAGAAAAUUCAGACAGUCCGAAGUUAUUGCCUGGGAAAUAGAGCUGCCAAAGUCAUUAGGUACCCGUUUCAUUGGCAAGCAAGGACAAUUUAUUAAGACCUUGAGGAGAAAGUCUGGGGCCAAAGUUUCCGUCUCGACACUCCCUCAUGUCCCUGACUCCAAAGUCUGUCACAUCGAAGGCCUCCCACAUCAAGUGGAAAUGGUGCUGAGCCUGAUUGGCAGGAGGUUUGAACGGCUGUGUCUCCCCAGCAUCUACCCUCUGUAUCCCCCUGCACCAGAGACACUUCCUUUAGUCCUUGAGAGUCCCUGGCUGCUCCUCCCACAGGGAGUCGCGGUGGCGGUGGCCGUGGUGAACCAGGUUGAUGCGGGGCACAUGUUUGUGCAGCAGCCCACACACCCCACUUUCUGUGCCCUGCCGAGCCUCCACCAGCAGAUGUUUGCCUGCUAUUCUCAACAGGACACUCCAACCCUGUUCACUCCAGUGGAAGUCGGCACGAUCUGCGUGGCUCCAGGCCAGGACGGGACAUGGCUGCGGGCUCAAGUGAUGGGCUACUGCCAAAAGCGCCGGGAAGUGGAGCUCAGAUACGUGGACUACGGGGGCUACGAGAGAGUGAAGACUGACACCCUCAGGCAGAUCAGGUCUGACUUCUUAUCCCUACCGUUCCAAGGACUAGAAGUUUUGCUGGACAACGUGGCGCCACUGGCAGGCGAGGGCGGCUUUUCCCCCGAGGCGGACGCUGCUGUCAGCGAGAUGACCAGAGGCGCAGCGCUGGUGGCACAGGUCACCAGUUACGACCUUGCCACGGGGCUGCCCCUGAUUCAGCUGUGGAGCUGGAUGAGAGAUGAGGUGGUGUCGGUGAACGCAAUGCUGGUGGAAAGAGGAUUUGCUCAGUGGCUGGGCUACUAG